UGGCAACAAUUGAGGUCGGCUUUCCGAUCACAUUUCAUCGGGGCCCAAGUCUGCCUAAUUCCAAAAGAAUCUCUUGCAAAUGUAACCCAAAAAGAUGAUAAAAGUGUCAAGGACUAUAUCGCCCGAUUUAAUGACCGAGUCCAGAAUAUGGAGCCUUGUCAUCCUGAAACCCUGCUUGUCAUGGCUAUUGCCGGGUUGAAACCGAACACAAUUUUCUGUUGGACGUUGUGUCAAAAUAAACCCAACACCUUUCAAGAAUUUCUUGCUCGAGCUCAGCAGCACAUCAUAGCCGAGGAAGCCAUGUCGGUCCCCGACUUUAAUUUUAACCCGAAGUCAUCCAAGGCGGGAACCGACGAGAAGAAGAAAAAUAAGUUUUUUGAAAAGCAGAACAAGACUCAGUUCGGAGGGCCUCCUCGGGGAGAUCCCAACGAUCCUGAAGUACGAGCAGCCCGAAAACAGUAUGCCACCGAUGUAAAAUCUGGUUAUCAGACUGUAUAUUCAACUGGGGCUGCCACCAUAUACGAAGAAAUCAAAGGGAAUGGCAUUUUACCGGACCCCAAGCCACUUCGGAUGCCCGAAGAAAACAUUUCAAAGCCCAUCGACGACAUCACUUUACCUGUCAGAUUUGGCACUUCGGAGAACGUCUCCAAACUCGUUAUGGAAACUUUCAAAAUUCUUGACAUCAAUAACGAGUAUAAUGCCAUCAUCGGCAGAACAGAGUUGUACAAACUUCAAGCUGCGGUCUCGAUCUUUCAUUAUGCCCUAAAGUUCCCGACUACAGGAGGAGAAGGAACUCAUUUCGGAGAUCAAAGAGAAGCUCGAGAACUUGUCACUUUCGUACCAUCCAGCGGAGUCUAUUCCAUCACUUCGGGAAAUGACGACAGUUCCUCACAACGAAACAUCUCGGAUAAUGUAAUUUCCGAGGAACCGAGUUACAACACCGUUGUUCCUCCUACCUCGGAUCCUUUAUCUGAAGACCGAGGUAGGCGGCCAGGAAAGGAGCCACUCCUCGAAGAAGACGAGUUGGACCGAAGGGCCCAAUUCAAGGAAAAAAGCCGAAAUGAUCGAGCCGAACCUGGAGAAGAAGUAGAAUUGAUAAACGUCGAUGAACCGAUCUUCCAUAAAUCAUUGCGUAUUGGAAGUCACCUUCAGGAGCCUCUCCGGUCAGAACUCAUUCCGUUUUUCAAACAAAAUUCAGACGUGUUUGCUUGGAAACAUGAAGACAUGAAGGGUAUCGACCCCGGUGUCGCUAGUCACAAAUUGAACCUCGACCGAACUGUUCGACCUACUGUUCAAAAACGAAGGAAAUUGGGGCCGGAUCGUCAGAAAGCAUUGGAAGAAGAAGUUAAGAAACUCAUUGACAACAAGUUUAUUAAAGAGGCCAAAUAUCCGACAUGGGUCUCAAACCCUGUUCUCGUCAAAAAGAGCAAUGGCCUGUGGAGACUGUGUAUUGAUUUUUUCAACUUGAACAAGGCAUGUCCGAAAGACAGUUAUCCUCUCCCACAUAUAGAUUAUAUGGUUGACGCCACGUCAGGACACGAAUUGAUGAGUUUUAUGGAUGCUUACUCCAGUUAUAAUCAGAUUCCUAUGGAUCCUGAAGAUUCCGAACACACCUCGUUCUAUUCAGCACGAGGCUUGUACUGCUAUACCAUGAUGCCGUUUGGAUUGAAAAACGCCGGAGCCACUUAUCAACGCCUUGUCAACAAAAUGUUUGCUACGAUGAUUGGUCAUACCAUGGAAGUUUAUGUUGACGACAUGCUCGUCAAGUCGGUACACGCUUCUGACCAUAUAACACACCUUCAAGUCAUGUUUGAUAUCCUCCGGUCUUAUUCCAUGGUUUUAAAUCCCAAGAAAUGCACCUUCGGAGUUGAGUCUGGGAAAUUCCUGGGCUAUAUGGUUAGCCAACGAGGAAUUGAGGCCAACCCGGCCAAAAUAAAAGUCAUCCAAGAUCUAACUCCCCCGACUUCGGUUAAAGGUGUCCAAGCCCUAACUGGCCGACUUGAUGCGCUCAACCGAUUCAUCUCCAAAUCCACGGAUCGUUGCAAACCUUUUUUCGAAGCAAUCAAAAAAGAAAAGCACUUCAAAUGGACCGAGGAAUGUCAGAAGGCUCUCAUCAGCAUCAAGGAGACACUCGCCUCUCUGCCGACAUUACAAAAACUGAGACCCGAGGAAAUGUUGUUUUUGUACCUCGGAGUCAGUGAUUCUGCGAUCAGCGCUGUUUUAAUACGUGAAGAAAGAAUGCUACAAUCACCCGUUUAUUACAUCAGUAAAGCCCUACAUGAUGCCGAACUGCGCUACCCUCCUAUGGAAAAGUUGGCGUUUGCACUUGUAAUCGCCGCCCGGAAAUUGCAACCUUAUUUCCAAGAACAUUCUAUAAUG